AUGAGAGCCUGUAACCAGACCUGCAAGGCAUUAAUGCAGUAUGAUUUUACCUGUGAUGAUGACGAUGUCCCAGUCAGUGGUUGUGGCUGCCCUGAAGGAAUGUACUUGGAUGAAAAUGGAAUCUGUAUUGAUAAGACACAAUGUCCAUGUUAUAUUUCUGAUAAUGUUAUUAAACAUGGACACAGUGCAACUGUUCAAGGUGCCAUUUGCUUUUGUAAAAGUGGAGUUCUCAGCUGUUCCUACACAAAAUCAGAAGAUUCCAGACAAGAUAGCCCUGGAAAAGUAUUUUUGAAUUGUGAUGGUUUGCAAAAACAAUGUGCAAAGUCAUGCCAAAAUUUAAAUGUGCCCUGCCCAAGUCUAUGUGUUCCUGGCUGGAUCUGCCCGAAUAAUCAAGUGGAAGAUAGAAAUGGAAACUGCAUUCCACGUGAAGAAUGUUCUUGUUUAUAUGGUGAUGCCUUUUAUAACCCUGGAGCUACAAUCCAACUGGACUGCAACAAGUGUACAUGCCAAGGUGGAUCAUGGGAUUGCAGUGAAAAUCAAUGUUCAAAGACUUGUCUAGUUUAUGGAAGUGGCCAUUAUAUAACCUUUGAUGGACAAAGGUGGUUCUUUGAUAGUGAUUGUGAAUACGUUUUUGUUCAGGUAUGA